AUGGACGGGGACGACCUCAUCGCCUCGGUCUACCGCAAGAUCGAGCGGGAGAAGGCCUUGAUCACCGCGGCCUCUAAUAUGCGACAGUCGACCGAUAACCCUUUGGUGCAACAACGAGUCGACGCAAACAUUCGCGAUGGUCGGAAGAACAUUGCCUACCUGGAGGAGAAGAUGAGGGAGUUGCAGAUUCGCCGCAUCGAGAAUGACGGCGGCUCCCCUACGGAAAAGCGUCUCCCGCCCGGUCCUGAUUCAGGCCCGGCUCCUCCUCCCAAGGACUACGACGAGCAGGACGAGUAUGGAGAGUCGUCGGCCGCGUAUCCGCACGGAGGAGCCGGCUCCAUGCCGGCGGGCGCUCCCUUCAAAGACCCUCGACCCUUCGCCCCCGUGCCCAAGGCCCGUCCUAAUUAUACGAAGCUUGAUCUGAUCAAAUACGACACUCAAUACCUUGGACCCAAGAUCCAGCUCAUGUUGUCCCAGCUUGAAUUUAAGCUGAGCGUGGAGAAGCAAUACAAGGCUGGUAUUGAGAAAAUGGUUCGCCUCUAUCAGGAUGAGGGCGACAGGAAGAGCCGCGCCGACGCCGAGGGUCGGCGAAUCGAGAGUAAUCAGAAGAUCCAAUUAUUGAAGCAGGCCCUGAAGCGAUAUGAAGAUCUUCACGUCGACAUCGAGUCCUCAGACACUCCCGACGAUGAAAGUUUAAGCACGCCGAACUUGCGCAAGCCCCUCACCGGUUUAUUGACCAUGCGAAUCGUUGCCGUGAAGGAUGUGGAUCAUGCCGCUGGCUCCAGAUUCUCCCGAGGGCCCGAGACAUUCGUGGUCAUGAAGGUUGAAGAUGCCAUCAAAGCCCGUACGAAAGCUACUCGAACCGACAGAUGGCAAGAUGAGAUCUUCAAUAUCGAUAUCGACAAGGCCAAUGAGAUCGAGCUUACUGUAUAUGACAAGUCGGGCGAUAGACCAACUCCGAUCGGUAUGCUGUGGGUGCGCAUUUCUGAUAUCGCCGAGGAAAUGCGUCGCAAGAAAAUUGAGACCGAAUUCAAUACAUCCGGCUGGGUUUCUGCCGAUAAGAUGGAGGACGGUAGCACGCCUGGACGGCCCGAUACGGCCGGACAGAUGGGCUCGUCUCAUGCUCCAGGCCCCGGUGCCCCGGGCCAAGGUUACGGAGGUGCUCCUCCCGGCGCACCUGGCGGUGGCUCUGUGAUGGUCGAUGCUUGGUUUGCGCUGGAGCCUGUUGGGCGGAUUCAGUUGUCGCUGAGCUUCGCCAAGCAGUUGAAGGAUCGCCGGCCAUUCGACAUUGGCCUGAAUCGUCAAGGUGCGGUUCGUCAGAAGAAGGAAGAGGUGCACGAGAAGCAAGGACACAAGUUUGUCACGCAGCAGUUCUACAACAUCAUGCGCUGUGCGCUUUGUGGUGACUUUUUGAAGUACGCUGCCGGUAUGCAGUGUGCUGAUUGCAAGUAUACUUGUCACAAGAAAUGCUACCCCAAGGUUGUCACCAAGUGUAUCAGCAAGGCCAACUACGAGACGGAUCCCGACGAGGAGAAAAUCAAUCACCGCAUUCCACAUCGUUUCGAGGGCUUUGCCAACAUCUCCGCCAACUGGUGUUGUCACUGCGGGUACUUGCUGCCCUUUGGGCGCAAAAGCGCCAAACGAUGCUCAGAAUGUGGCCUUACGUGCCAUGCCAAUUGUACCCAUCUUGUACCUGAUUUCUGUGGCAUGUCCAUGGAAGCAGCCAACCAGAUUCUGGAAACCCUGAUUCGAGCCAAGAAUCACAACAAAUCCGCCUCAGUUAGUUCCGGUCUUAGUGGCCGCACCCUUCGAUCAGGAGGCCCGCCGCAGGCCUCGACGGACAAUGCCGCUCUUGCCUACCCUCAGAAACCUGUCGAGAGCCCUUACGGGGCCCCUCAGAGACAGCCCUCCGCCGAAGCUGUUAGCGCUGCCACUAACUCUUAUAUGCCCCCGCAGUCACCAACUGCCGCCCAGCGUCAACAGAUGCCCCCGAGAACCUCGUCUUCCAACAGUCCUGCUGCCGCCGCCGCCGCCGUGGCAAGCGGUCUCCGUUCGCCCCAGCAGUCACCAGUUGAUACUCGACCUGUGCAACCUCAACCGCCUCCGCAUGCUCAUUAUGACCCUGCGGCGUACGCUUCCUACCAGCAGGGCAUGCCGCCACCUCAAGCGAUGCAGCAGCAGCAACAACAGGUGGUAACGUCGCCUUAUGGCAUGGCCCAGCAGCAGCAGCCUAUCCCUGUAAUGCAGCAACAGCAGAUGGCUGUGAAGGAAGACAUUCAGCCGCAAGUACCAAAAACCAGAAUUGGACUGGACCACUUCAAUUUCUUGGCUGUUUUGGGUAAAGGUAAUUUCGGAAAAGUAAUGCUGGCGGAAACCAAGAGCACCAAGAAACUUUAUGCCAUCAAGGUGUUGAAGAAGGAAUUCAUCAUUGAGAAUGACGAAGUGGAAAGCACCAAGUCGGAGAAGCGCGUCUUCUUGAUCGCCAACAAGGAGCGCCAUCCUUUCCUUCUCAACCUUCACGCUUGUUUCCAGACUGAGACUCGUGUUUAUUUCGUCAUGGAGUACAUCAGUGGUGGUGAUCUGAUGCUGCACAUUCAGCGUGGCCAGUUCGGCCUGAAACGGGCACAGUUCUACGCUGCCGAAGUUUUGCUGGCACUCAAAUACUUCCACGAGAACGGUGUCAUUUACCGUGACUUGAAGCUUGAUAACAUUCUGAUGACCCUGGACGGCCAUAUCAGAAUCGCUGAUUACGGUCUUUGCAAGGAGAACAUGUGGUAUGGAGCGACCACAAGCACAUUCUGUGGUACCCCUGAGUUCAUGGCACCCGAGGUAUGUCCCGUCGCUUCUGAUCUGUCUGUCAUAGACCGACCACAGUUACUAACGUCCCGCAAAGAUUCUCUUGGACAAGAAAUAUGGCCGAGCGGUUGA